GUGAACAGAUACACGAAUCACAACGGAGGGAUGAACAGACACCCAGAGGCAGCUCUGGAAAAUAAAAUUCACUUGUCAACGGUGCCCAACACAGCCAGCAUAAAUGCCGAACGCAAGCUUGUCAGCAAUACUUUUCCAUUGGGUAUGGAACAGCACGGUGAUGAUGAACAGCCUGUGAUAUUCAGAGAACAGAACAGGAGAAGAAGGAGAAAGAUGAAAGCGUUUGUAUCAUCUAACACCUUGGUUACAAUGGAUCAAAUAGCGAUUGAGUUUGUGUUGCCUACGUACAAUAAGUUUAAUAAAAUACAAGAAGCCCUAAUGCUUGAUGUUGCUGGAAACUGCACCGUCGAACAAGUUAAAACCCAAUUGUGGAUGAAAGCAGUUGAAAGAAGUGUCUGCCCUGAGUUCUACCAAAAGUGUACCCCAGAUCAGUGCAUACUGCUUUACCAGAAGAAAGGGCAAUGGUAUGAAAUAUAUGACAAACAUCAGGUGUUUCAGACGCUGGACUGCAUGCGCUAUUGGAAAGCAUUGAAAAAAGAUUUAGGAAGAAUUCAGUUGGUUCCCAGACCCCAACCGACUGAGGAAUCGGAGCAAUAUCAGAGGUAUCUGAAUUAUCUUAUUGGUUAUGAUGUAACAGAUGUCAGCAAUGUUCAUGAUGAUGAACUUGAAUUCACUAGGCGUAAAUUGCUGACACCUCGGUUAAUCGAGUUAGCAAACCGGGAUCCAAAGCUUUAUUCCAUGGAUCCUUGGAUAUCUCCUAAGCCUCUUCCAGAAUACAUCCUCAAUAAGAUAAGCAAUAAUAAUAUUUUAGUUGUCAUCCACCGAGGUAAUGCUAGUCAAACUAUAAAAGUAUCAAUCGAUGACAAACCUGAUCAGAUUCUCCAGAACUUUUUCACCAAGAUUGCUAAGAAAAAGCCUUUGCUUGGCAUUUCUGAAGAAGACAGUGAAUUAGACUUUGUUCUCAGAGUUUGCGGUAGAGAUGAAUAUAUUUUUGGGGACAACCCUGUUAAGAAUUUCUACUGGGUGAGACAGUGUCUGAAAAAUGCGGAGGAGAUCCACCUUGUUUUGGAGUCUGCACCCGAUCCAGACCAGGAUGUUGUUCACAAGGAGGACUGGUCACUGGUUGAUGAUUGCACUGGAGUUGCAGGGUCUCAUGAGCAGCUGACAAUAGAAGAAAAGGACCAUGAGAAAGUGUAUACCAUUUCUCUGUGGGAUUGUAACAGAAAAUUCAGAGUCAAGGUCCUUGGUAUUGAUAUCCCCAUGCUGCCCCGAAAUUCAGAGCUCAUUGUUUUUGUUGAAGCCAGUAUUUUUCAUGGACAACAGCUGCUGGCUCAGCAGAGAACCUCCUCCAAACCAUUUACUGAAGAGGUCCUGUGGAACACAUGGCUGGAGUUGGAUAUCAAGAUAAAGGAUCUGCCGAAAGGUGCCCGAUUUAGCCUACAGGUUUACUGUGGAAAAACUCAAACUCAGAGCACUAAGGCUGGGUUUCAAGAAAGCGUUAACUUUGACUCCAAAUGUAAGAACCGCUUGCUCUAUUAUGUUAACCUCCUACUGAUAGACCAUCGCUCACUGCUGCGGCAAGGGGAAUACGUCCUCCACAUGUGGAAGAUGCCAGAGAAGAGCGAAGAUCAUAGCAGUGUCAAUGCCGACAAGCUCACCUCGGCUACCAACCCUGAUAAGGAAACAUCCAUGGCCAUUACUGUGAUGCUAGAUAAAUACUGCUACCCCAUUGCUUUGCCAAAAGGUCGGGAAUCAGUUGAGGUUGACAGUGAAAGGUCAAGACGAGAGAUGCCUAAUCACCUGCGCAAACAGUUUGAGAAAAUUGUUGCCACUGAUCCACUGCAUCCUCUGACACCAGAAGACAAAGAGUUGCUGUGGCAUUUCAAACAGGAAUGCAUGAAGUGUCCAAAAGCAUAUCCCAAGUUUCUCAGCUCAGUUAAAUGGGGGAAACAAGAAGCGGUUUUAGCAACACAUCAGCUGCUGGAGAAACAUGAUGCCUGGGAUCGUAGCACACUAGACGUUGGGCUUGCAAUGCAGCUGUUAGACUGCCACUUCUCAGAUGAGAAUGUGCGCACCGUGGCAGUGAGAAAGCUGGAGACUCUGGGAGAUGAUGAUGUUCUGCGGUACCUGUUGCAGCUUGUACAGGCUGUGAAGUUUGAGCCUUACCAUGACAGUGCCCUGGCUCGUUUUCUGCUGAAACGUGCUCUAAGGAGGAAAAGAAUUGGCCAUUUCUUGUUCUGGUUUCUAAGAAGUGAAAUAGCCCAGUCCAUGCAUUACCAGCAGAGAUAUGCGGUGAUCUUAGAGGCAUACCUUCGAGGCUGUGGUGAAGCCAUGCUACAUGACUUCAAGAAGCAAGUUGAAAUUACUGAAGCACUGCAGAAGGUCACCAAGGAAAUAAAAACAAUGUCUGCUGACAAAUAUGAUGUUUCAGCACAAGUUGUUUUCCAGCUCAGACAGAAACUUGAAAAACUUCAAACAUCAGGGCUACCAAGAAGUUUCAAAGUCCCGUACGACCCUGGCCUCAGAGCAGGUUCACUUGUGAUUGAGCAGUGUAAAGUGAUGGCAUCAAAGAAGAAACCGCUGUGGCUUGAGUUCAAACCUGCCGACCCCACAACCCUAUCCAGUGACACUAUUGGAAUAAUCUUUAAGGAUGGAGAUGACCUUCGUCAGGACAUGCUCAUUUUACAGAUUCUUCUCAUUAUGGAAUCAAUCUGGGAGACAGAAUCGUUGGAUCUAUCGUUGUUACCAUAUGGCUGCAUUUCUACUGGAAACAAGAUAGGGAUGAUUGAAAUAGUGAAAGAUGCCACCACCAUAGCUAACAUCCAGCAGAGCACCGUUGGCAACACUGGAGCUUUUAAAGAUGAAGUAUUAAACCAGUGGCUUGGAGAUAAAUGCUUAAUGGAAGACAAGUUUCAGCAGGCUGUGGAGAGGUUUGUGUAUUCUUGUGCUGGUUAUUGUGUUGCCACAUAUGUGUUGGGGAUAGGAGACAGGCAUAACGACAACAUUAUGAUCACAGAAUCAGGUAAUCUGUUUCACAUAGAUUUUGGACACAUCCUUGGAAAUUACAAAAGUUUCCUUGGGAUUAGCAAGGAAAGAGUGCCAUUUGUUUUAACUCCAGAUUUUCUGUAUGUUAUGGGAACUUUUGGAAAGAAAACAAGCCCUCAAUUCCAAAAAUUCCAGGAUGUCUGCAUCAAAGCAUACUUGGCUCUGCGGCACCAUACCAACCUUCUGAUUAUCUUGUUCUCCAUGAUGCUGAUGACAGGAAUGCCACAGCUAACCAGUAAAGAGGAUAUUGAGUAUAUCCGGGAGGCCCUUACCGUGGGGAAGACUGAGGAAGAUGCAGAGAAGCAUUUUCUUGACCAGAUUGAAAUUUGCAGGGAUAAAGGCUGGACUGUUCAGUUCAACUGGUUUUUGCACCUUGUCCUUGGAAUCAAGCAAGGGGUAGAAAAGCGUUCAGCGUAACUCUUUCUGUCCCAUCCAAAUGAGUGAGGUUUAUUCUUCUAGCUCUGUUGAAGCUUAACAGAUACUGGUUUUCAGAUUAAAAAAAAAAAAAAAAUAUAUAUAUAUAUAUAUAAUAUAUAUAUAUAUAUAUAUAUAUAUAUAUAUAUAUAUAUAUAUAUAUAUAUAUAUUAUAUACGCUGCAUGUAUUUUCAUCCCUGACCAGCUUCAAUAACCAGGUAGUUCAGAAUGUAGUGCUAGAUUAUCAUCAAUUAACCAUACUCUUACAUAAAUAUAGAUAUCACAGAAAUUGACAUUUAAAUAUAUUUCAUAGUGCCAGCAUACUUUUUCAUUCUUCAGCAUUUUUAUGAAACAUAAGAUGACAUAUUUUUUUUUAUAUUUUUAGCAUAUAUUUCAUGUUUUACAUUGUACUUUAAUGCUUAUUUUUUGUAAAUGGAUUUUUAAAGCAUGCAGAAAGAAAUACAGAUUUUUUACUGCCUCAGUUUUUGAUUUAAUUAACAGCUAAGUUUAUUUGUGCUUCUUCAAACUCAAUUUCAAAAUCAAGCAGUUAAAAGGCAAAAAACAAGAUCAGUUUUCACCUUUUUGCUCCUGAUUUUUCUACUUGUUCAGCCUGAGUGUUCACAAACAUUUAUCUCUUAUAGUCUGAUUUUGUUAUUCAGAUAAACCGUAGGAGAAGCAAACAGACUUCCUUGUACUUAUGCAAAGACUGUGCAGUCAGAUUUGUUCAGCAUCUUAAGGUGAUCUGAGAUGCAAAACAAAAUCAUUGACCAGGAACCUGCAUUUUAGUUCAUGACUCAGCUUGUAGGUCAGAAUGCACAAUGAAGUUUGAGUUAUUCACCAUUUGGAAUCAUUGAUUUGUGAAAACGGAGGUCAGCCAAAUUUAAAAUUCUACAUGCUUCAAUAAAUACCAAGUGUUCUACUGUAUGUAGUUCACUCUUAGCCCUUCUAAUGUUAAACACAAGUAGAAUUAAAUUCUAAACUGAAAUGCAAUUAACUUUUAAAGAGAAAUAUAAACAAGUUGACAUUUUAUCGUAGCAGAAUUGCAUGUAUUUCCUUCAACAUACACCAUAAAUACACUUGAACAAAUAGUGAUGCAAUUCUACUGUAUUCUGUCCAAUAUACUAUAUAGUGACUACAUUUACAUUAAGUUGCCUUUCAGAUACUGGAUUCUGUAACAAUUUAUCUGGGAUAUACAAUGCCCCUGUUUCUUUGAAUUGAAUGCAUUGAAUAUAGCCCAGAACUCAGCCAUAUGACAUGCAUUUCCUACUACCUCUAAGUCUUUCUUUUAUUCCUGCAUUCAUUGUGAGUUAAAGUCAGAACAGCUACACUAACAUGAACUUCAUAAAAAAUGUGUCUGGUAAAAGAUGUACAAUUCUUAACUUAAAAUCAAUUAAUUUUCAAUUAUUUUCAAAGUAGUGUAAAUGGCCAGACAAUUCAUUCCCAGUGUUAGAAAGAAGUCAGUCAUCUAAAAAGGGGGCGGAGAGUCGAUGCACUAAAUCAUCGACCCGGAAGGGAAACGACGUGGCAGCCGCGGACUGGAGG